AAAAUGCCUCUUGCUCUAGCCUCGUCCGCGGUCCACGUCCGGAACAUCGCGCCAGGCUUUGUUUCAACGCCAGGGCGAGCACCGACAUCGACUACCGUACAUCCUGUGGCCCUCUUCUCCAUCCUCGACCACUACCUUCGGCGAACCAAUGCUCAAGAACGUGUAAUUGGAACCUUGCUCGGCACGCGCUCCGACACUGGGGAGAUCGAAGUCCGGUCGGCAUUCGCUGUUCUCCACAGCGAAACCUCAGAGCAAGUUGCAGUAGACAUGGAGUACCACCAUGCUAUGUACGAGUUGCACCAUAAGGUCAACCCCAAGGAAGUCAUCGUCGGAUGGUAUUCUACCGGAUCGCACCUUAACACUUACUCUGCCCUGAUCCAAAAUUUCUACUCGCAAGAAACCGCCCCACAUCAAGCCAUACAUCUCCAGCUGAAUGCGGGGACUGAGGAAGGCCAGGCGGCUGGUGUGAAGGCAUAUGUCAGCUCGCCGGUCGGCAUUUCCCCCAAGCCUGAGAACUGUGUCUUCGUACCUAUUCCUUGCGAGCUACAGUUCAAGGAGGCUGAGCGGAGUGGUCUGGACCUGCUAUUGUCGGCGGCGAAGGGUAACGCAGAUGAAUUCCCCUCAACAGACCUCGACGUCCUUGACCGCGCACUUGCGACAGUCUCCGAUAUGCUCGACCGGGUGCUCGUAUAUGUGCGCUCUGUAUUGGCUGGCGAAGUUAAGGGCGACGCUGCAGUGGGCCGCUACCUUAUGGACACUUUUGGUGCCAGCACCGAGGAGUUGGAGAAAGGUGCUUUCAAUACCAGCUUGCAGGAUACACUCAUGGUCUCUUACCUUGCAAACCUCGUUCGGUCACAAGCCGAGGUUUCCUCCCGUCUCGCACUCACAAGGGCCUCGUAAAUGUAUAAACGGCGAUGUAUAUUGCAUUUCUACUGGUGUAUCUUGUAGGUGUUCAUCUCUGGCAACCUCCUGGAAAACCUGUCAUCCGCCUGCAAGCCCUCAGCUAUUAAAA